UAUGAAUUGGAAAUGAACACUUCCUUAUUGAAUUGAUUCUUCGAAUUUUCCUUUGUUCAAUGAUAAUGAUGUUGAAAAUCAUUUUGCAACCAUUGUACCAAAACUCAUUUCCGCCAUCUACAUACGCACCCAUUUUCCAAUUCUUGAUUGGCAAGAAUUUUGUUAAACUUGGCCAACAACUUCAUGCUCACAUUGCCGUUCGAGGGGUUUUUCCCAAUGGAUUAGUCGCUGCCAAAAUGGUAGCCAUGUAUGCCAGCUCCGGUGAAAUCGACUCUGCCUCACGUAUUUUCGAUAAUGCUACUGAACCCUCUUCGCUUCUGUACAAUGCCAUGAUUCGAGCACUCACCCUUUAUGGGAUUACCAAAAGAACAAUAGAGAUUUUCUUCCAAAUGCAUUCAUUAGGCUUCCGUGGUGACAAUUUUACCUUUCCCUUUGUUUUCAAGUCAUGUGCUGAUUUGUGUGAUGUUUGGUGCGGGAAGUGUGUUCAUAGCUUGGUUUUGAGGUCUGGAUUUGUGUUUGAUAUGUAUGUAGGCACUUCUUUGAUUGAUAUGUAUGUGAAGUGUGGUGAUUUGAUUGACGCUCGUAAACUGUUUGAUGAAAUGCCGGUGAGAGAUGUAUCGACUUGGAAUGUAUUGAUUGCUGGGUACAUGAAGGAUAGGUUAUUCAAAGAUGCUGAGGAAUUGUUUGAGGAAAUGCCAAUUAGGAAUAUAGUGUCUUGGACAGCUAUGAUUUCUGGAUAUGCUCAGAAUGGUUUAGCUGAUGAGUCGUUGCAGUUGUUCGAUAAAAUGUUGGAUCGUGACUCGGAGGUGAGGCCUAAUUGGGUGACGGUUAUGAGUGUUUUACCUGCUUGUGCGCACUCGGCUGCACUAGAUCGUGGGAGGAAGAUUGUCAAAAUCAGCACACUAAGAUCAAGUUAUGCCAUGGAAUGAUCUAAGAGACCAUUAGAGAGAUGAGAAGCUUUGAAGGAGAUAUUUUGGGAAUGGAAUUGAACUGUUUCAUUCAACGUGAAUUGUCCUAUUUAUACAUCAAUGAAUUAACAUCUAAUGCUAACUAACUAACUAAAAUGCAGUUUAUGAAUUAACAGUUAAAUUAGUGCUAACUAGCUAACUAACUGAC